AUGGCUGCACACCAGUCCCACAGGGAGGAGAACAUCGGCUGGAUCACGGUCCACUUGGACGAGGAGCAGCAGCAUCAGGGCUUCUCUGCCUCCUCCACCACCAUCCUGGACGAGGAGCCCAUCGUGAGCAGAGGGCUGGCGGCCGCGCUGCUCCUGUGUCAGAAGAAAGGGCUGCUGGAGACCACAGCGCAGAAGGUGGCCCAGGUGAAGGCCCCCAGUAAGGCCCUGCCGUCAGCGGUGCACUGCACUGAAGACAAGACAGCCAUCGGUGACGAGCGCAGCCAGUGGGAGGAGUUCCACGGCUUCACCCGGGACUUCAAGGAGAAGGACGGCUACCAGCCCCACGUUCGGAUCGAGUACGUGGAUGAGACGGGCCGGAAGCUCACCCCUAAGGAGGCUUUCCGGCAGCUGUCCCACCGCUUCCACGGGAAGGGCUCAGGCAAGAAGAAGACAGAGCGGCGGAUGAAGAAGCUGGACCAGGAGGCGCUCCUGAAGAAGAUGAGCUCCAGCGACACGCCCCUGGGCACCGUGGCUCUGCUCCGGGAGAAGCAGAAGGCCCAGAAGACACCGUACAUUGUGCUCAGUGGCAGUGGGAAGAGCAGGAACGCCAACACCAUCACCAAGUGA